UUUAAAACCAAGAGGUGUCAAGAAAGGCACAGCUCUCUUGUUGAGGAUUUUAAUGUUACCUUUGAAAGGUAGUUACAAUCUUUGUUUAUCUAGUUUCAGAGAGGGAUUUUUUUUAUCAUAAACAGACUUCACUAUGUUAAUUGGCGUUACUCGAGUUCAGGUGCUGUUUUUAUUUCUAUCAGUAUCUGAGGCCUUAGUGUCUAAACUGUAUACAGCAAGUUCAGAGAACGACAACAAAGCAUCAUUACACACACCAUCUAACACCCUACCAGCGGCAUCUCUCUCGAUUUGCGCCUGUUUGUGUGGUGAUAGCUGUAAGUGUUUCAGCUUCAACUCUGAGACCAAGAUGUGUCGACUUCACAGUUCGUGUGCUACCCAAAACAUGACAGUCAGUGAUACUGGGUGGAGAUCCUACACAAUACGACCAAAGGACUGCAAAGAUUUAUACAAGAGCGGAAAAGUAGACUCCGGUGUAUACACUAUUUACCCGUGGGAGAGAUCUGACCCUAAUUACCGUCCUGUCCAGACCUACUGUGAUAUGGAGACAGAGGGAGGAGGAUGGACGGCGAUUCAGAGACGUGUGGAUGGAGAAGAAAACUUUAAUCGUAGUUGGACUGAGUAUAAACUUGGAUUUGGAAACCCUCAGAGGGAUUACUGGAUCGGAAAUGAUGUGAUACAUCAGCUAACAAAGGGGCGAAACUCAAGUCUGUACGUCAGCAUAACGUCCACAAAUAAAACUAUAUCACACACGGUGUAUGGACAGUUUUCUGUUUCUAGUGAGGAGCAAAACUAUGCGCUUCAUAUUGCUGACUAUAAAAAUGGAAGCCUAGUUGAUGCCAUGCUAAGUGCAUAUUACAAUGGGCAUGCUGGAAUGAAUUUCAGUGCAUUUGAUAUGGACAAUGAUGGGGCGUUUUACACGAACUGCGCUUCUGACAAUUCAGGAGGCUGGUGGUUUAGUGAAUGUUAUCAAGCCUACCUUAACGGUCCAUGGUUUUCGGAUUACAUGUAUCAUCCUUGGUCGUCACAGUAUUGGUCAAUGAGAGAAGUAUAUGGAACACUAAUGUCAAUCAAAUCUAACUAGAAACAAACUUUUUAUUUUUGUUUUAGAUUCCUACACUUGUGGUGUUUUCAAUUUGAAUGAUAGAAUGUAAUUUGAAUGAUACAUGUAUGUGAAGAAAUGUCUAAAAUUAACUUUGCUAUAAAUUUUCUCAGUUUGAUUUGGUUAUAUGAUGAUGAAUCUUAGGAAAACAGAAUGUUUAUGUUUGAACAAUAAAAUCAAUAUUCAUCUCACUUGCAUGAAGAUCACAAUGUGAACCUUGCAUCACAAACACAUAUUUUGCUCCCUGAGUUCCCUUUCCACUUAUAUUCAUUAUAUUCAGUAGCGUUCAUAAAUCAUUAUACUUUCAAUUAAUUAAAGGCUGAGUCCUAGAACUUGUGAUUUGUGUUCAAAGUGCGAUAAGUGUCUUCAUAAAAAAAGGAUGAUACACCUUUCUAACACACUUUGAAAAAGUUCUAAAUAACUGAUGAAUCCCCCUGUAAAGCUUUAUUGCUUUCCAGAAAACUAAUUUAAUUUCACCGAAGAACUCUAUAUUGCUAUCUAUACAAAAACAAUUAUAUCACCAUGGUGUGAAAAUAUUCUGCAUAUAAAUCAACUUGGAGAGCCAAUCGCUACAUGCAUAAAACGUUAACAAUAAAUUUGCUUGGACAAAAUAAUUUCAUACAGAGGGUAACAAAAUUUCUUUCACGAACACACUUUCUAUGACAUAUCUAAAAUAGCAUUUUUUCCCUCUGUGACUUAAAAUCCUGUUAUUACGAUACCAAAGACAUAACAUUAGACGGUGUUCUUAUGCCACUUGGUAAAUAUUCUAAUAUGUCGCCCGAGAAGUCUUGCUACAAUAAUUUAAAGGAAAAAAAAAUAAUGCUUUCCCACCGUUGUAUAAGAUAAAGUAUCUUGUUAAAAGAUAUUUAAAUUUAAGAGAUGUACAUCAGCACUUUGAAUAUGAUACAUGCUACUAAUAUCUCUUAUACGUACAAAUUUAUUACGGGCCGCCAGAAGGCGGUCCGUUAUUUGAUAUACAUUUCGAUAUUGUAACUGUGUUUCUGCGUGAUAGUUUUAUUUUUUAUAGACUUAAUAUCAUGCUUAUUCUUAUGAAUUAGAAGUAAAUUUGCAUGUAGAAAUAUGUUUUAUGCCUUUAAAAAAUAUAACAUUUUUUUGUCUAUCUCGUAAAUGUAAAGUAAGUUAUAGACUGUUGUGUUAGGCGUGUUUUUAUCGAGACUAUUAUCUAUUCGGAAAAUUUCGAAGUUAUUCAUUCUUUUUUAAACAAUAUAUCGAGAUCAGUAUACGGGACAUACUAAAUACCUGAACCAAUAAAGAUCUGAAUGACAUGAAAUUUCAUAUUAAUGAUAUAUUUUAAUUUGUAUGUUCUGCGUCAAAUAAAAUGACUUUACCUGUG